UUCCGACUGACAGUUCGUAUAGGUUUUGUUUACAAACAUGCAGAAGUUUCUCCCGGUGUCUGAUCCUCGACCUGCAAGGAUUUAGAGAGAAAGUCAUCAAAAGAGUCAGAAAUGACGAACCAGGCGCCGGUUUUCAUCGAGCCCGGCGAUGAGAAAAAGCUGCAAGCUUUCAUCAAAAACAUGCCGCCGACGAUCGGCUACUGGAAAAGGAUCACGAUUAAAGAUGGAAUUAAAUAUGACAGACAUGAUGUUCUAAGGUUGAUCAUGAAUGCAAUCUAUCCUCAUAAAAUUCUUCCUGUAAAGUAUCAGAGAGAUAAGAAUGAUACGUUUUUCAUCUUUCGAAACACUCUCAGUGUUCUUCAGCCAUUUUGUUCAAAGGGUUUAAAGCUGUACAAUGACAAAACAGACACUGUGAUAUCAAUUGGAAUAGUUAUCAGAUAUGCGCAGAUCAUGGAAAAUGACAUAGAUCCUUCAAAAAUAAUAGAGGACUGUCUAAAAGUGAGAAUUAAUACAGCGAAAAAAGUCGUGGACCUCAGAAACUUCCAUAAUGAUUCCAUGCUUAGUGACAUAUAUGUGCCUUUGAGCGUGCCACAGUGUGCAUCGAUGGUCUGUGAUAAAAUUCUAACCAAAUUCAUUCAAAAACCACAAGCCCUGUUGCUCAGCUACAAUGAACUGGACAGGCUGGAUGUGUUGGAGUAUUUUAGAAAAAUGUCGCACGGUCUGAACUGCCUAGAUCUCAGCUUCAAUAAUAUUACAUGGUCAGGGUUUGAAAAAAUCCCGUUUAUUAAUAUAAGAGAACUUUGGCUGGAGGGAAAUCCACUUUACGCCGAUUUUGUCCAUUCUUCCACAGAGUUGGUGAAAGAAAUCAAACGUGUUAUUCCAUCAAUUCUAAAGCUUGAUGGUGUGGAAUUAGGAAGGACAGUUCCAGGAGACAUUGUCAAUUUGAAAACGUGCUUUAUAAAUGGUGCUUAUGCCAAUUUCGUCGAUCACUUCUUGCACCAUUACUUUUCCCUUUUCGAGAACUCUAGGGAUCUGCUUAAAAGGAUAUACCAUCCAGAGGCAUUGUUUUCCAUCACUGUAAAUCACAUAGAAUCUCAGACAACUUCUGGAUGUCAGAGGAUAAAUUCUUAUAUGAAAUUCAAUCGAAAUUUGAUCUCGAUGUCUGACAUCAAGAAAACCUACGAUCUGGUGCACUAUGGCCCUAAUGACAUUGUCAACAUGAUAAAAACAUUUCCCAAUGUGAGAUUCGACCCAUUUUCAUUCCAAGUCGAUGUUCCCAUCACUCAUUUUGGUAAAACCAACAUGGUUCAGAUAAAUGUGUGCGGGAUAUUUAGAGAUCUGGACAGUGAGAGUUCUGCCCUAUUUGCAUUCGACAGGACAUUCCUCUUAACACGUUGGAUUGAUCAAGAAGAGUGGAAAAUAGUGAACGACAUGUGGGCGAUAACAAAUGCGACUUCUACGAUGGCAAAAUCCAGCUUUAGAUACGCAAAAAAGCCGGUGCAGAGCGAUUUCGCAAUUCUGCUGAAUCCAAAAAUGAAAGGCAAGGAACAGCUCAUGAAAAUUUUUGGGAAGUUAACUCAUAUGAAUUCAGCAUGGGUACAAAAAUUUUUAAGCGAGAGUUCAUGGAAUAUGGAAUUAGCAUUGUUGGCUUUUACCGAUCAGUACAAAGCUAAUCAGAUACCAUCAGAAGCUUUCAAUGCUAAAGAAGAGAGUGAUUAGUAUAAAUUUCUUGUAUUUUUUCAUUACUUUGUAUUGUACUAUAUAGGAAAUAUAAUGUAUAAAGAAAUAAAUAAAAAUAUGCCCAAAUGUUAUAUUAACAUAAAAACAUUUUUUACAUUUAUCACUUUAACAUGUUGUAUCCUGGAGCCUGAAAUGCUGUUGACCCUCUAGGCAUCAGGCAAUCUUUUCCCCAUAAAUGACCU